CCCAGUUUUUAUAGUUCUUCUUUUUUUGUUUUUAAUGUUUUUUUUUUUUUUAUGGCGAGUCAUCACUUACACCAGUACCGUGGAUACGAAAGUACGGCGACGAUAUACGACGGACGCAAGAAAGGUGAACUUUGCUCGAUCUUGGUUCAAAUAUACAAUAGUAUAUCAGGUGUCCCUGAGCAUUAAGGUUCCCUUUAAGCGUUGCGGUCCUGUAUAUUGCAUCCAAAGGAGAGGAAAUUCUGGGUGCUGCUCAGAAUACUCUUUCUGCAACCAUGGUCGACAUGAUACCCAUUCCCAUGACGGCGGCGGCCCGCGAUGCCCUCAUCGCCGCCAUCGUUUUGUGCAUCAUGUAUGCCAUCAUUGUCGGCCUCCGAGUCAUUGGUCGUCUGCGAUGGGGCAUACUUGGACUAGACGAUAUUUUAUCAGUCGCAGCCUGCAUCCUUACCAUGACCACCAUCGGCAUGAGCACCGCCGUGUAUACUGCAGGCGUUGGCUACAACCUGGACCCGAAGUCGCCGUACUUUCCCACGCUGUACAACAACCUCGAGUACAUUCUGAAAAACACAUUUGCCUUUGUGGGCGUUUACCUGUGGGCGCUUGCGUUUAUGAAGCUGAGCCAGUGCUGCCUGUACUGGCGGGUGUUUGUGACGCAGCUCAAGUGGUGGAUCAUCUGGACGAGCAUCGUCGUGCUCAUCUGGGCCGUCGUUCUGACCUUUAUCGCCAUCUUCCUGUGCACUCCGGUCGAGGCGCAGUGGUCCGUCGACCGUAGGCCCGAGCAGUGCAUGGACCAGAUCUUGGUGCUCAAGACCCUGAUUAUGACCAACGUCGUGACGGAUCUUUUCAUCAUGCUCCUCCCCAUCUGGACCGUGUGGCAGCUCAACAUGAAGGCGGCGGAGAAGGCCACGGUCAUUUGCUGUUUUGGGCUUGGUACCGGGUGCUGCAUCAUCGGCAUCGUCCGCUUCGUGGAAAUGUUCACCAUCGACCUUCAGGGCAACCUGACAGGCACCUCGCUCCGGACCUUUAUGCUCUGCGCCAUUGAGCUCUGCCUCGCCGGCUUCUGCACCAACCUCCCGAUGCUGCGACCCUACUACAGGAGGUGGAGGAACAGGAACAUGCAGAACAACUCGAGCAACAGCGGCGGCGGCUCGAGAUCGAUGGGCAAGGAGGCCGACAGCGGCAGCCGGGUGCCCUGGACCGAUCGCAUCAUCGGCGGUCAGAGGCAGCAGCAGAACCACCAGGCCUGGGUCGAGCUGGACGCCAGGAGGGAUCGCAGCAACACCAAGAGCAACGACGACGGCGACAGCUCGGUGAGGGCGCUGACAAAGGACAGCGAGGGCGUGGGCCACGGAGGCAUCCAGAUGACAACGGAAUGGAAGGUCGAUAGGCAAUAAAAUUCUGCGCGCUGUGGGGGAAAGUUCUUAAUGUAAGUAUAUAUAGGCAAUUUAAUAAAAUAGGUAAUGGUUGGGACAUGACACAUGAAGGCUGUGCCCUGAGCACUGAUGCAGAUAUGGCGCAGGUAAACUCGCUUGGAGGAAAUGUUUUGUGCUUGUCGACCUGUCCGCGUGGUUCUUUGGCUGUAAAGGAAUAUAAUUAUUAAGAUUACUAGCAUUGCCUGUAAUUAUUUGAUUUGUGCUUGCUUUAUGGAAUGUUUCUGACGUUAAAUAUACCAAACUCAAACUUAUUUAACAUUUAAACAAAAGCGAAG